GGCGGGCGCCUUGGUGUUGUGGUUGACGGUCCACUUCCUGCAUUACAGCGUGAAAUCAAUAACCUGCAGCAGUGAACACUAAAGACGGACAAGAGAAGAAACCGAAGCUCUGGCAGCAAAAGUGUCCUGCUGGAUGAAGCUGCCAAGAAACUCAGAUAAGGGAGAGGAGUUGAUACUUUUCUCAGCAAUCAAAAGAAGAGAAAGCAGCUGUAAACAAUUUCCACUCUGGACCAAAUCCCCUCUUCAAGAAGUGGACCAAACAUGGUGCACGUCUACAACUGCCAUCCUUUCGCCUCACAGCAGAUAGUACAGGUGGAGCAGGAGCCUGGACUGGUCUGCUGUGGAGGUGGAACGCUUUUUGUGGUCGCUACUGGAGGAUGCAAGGUGGAGGCCUACAGUGUGGAGCAGGAGGGCUGCCCUUUCAUCUGUCGCUUUGCCACCAUGGGCACUGUGAAGAGCAUCCAGCACAGCAAGAUAGGAGAUUACCUAGUGACCAUUGAGGAAAAGAACAGCGCCACCUACCUGAGAGCCUACACCAACUGGCGCCACCAGGCGGAGGGAAAGGCCCGUGUCGGCGUGCGUCUGUUGGGCCACCUGCUGCGUGGGGCGUCCAUGCGGGGUGGAGUGCAGAUGGAGAUCAUUGAGAUCCCCCUGUCAGAGGGUCCUUUUGCCGUGGCGUGUUGCCCAGUAACUGGAGACCUUCUGGUCGGCUGUGAGAACACUCUGGUUCUGUUCGCUUUGAGGAGGCAGAACCAGCAGAGUCUGCAGACUCAGAGUCAGCAGAUCCUUCAGAGCACCUGGCCGAACUCUCAGCAGAGCUCCAGUCAGACUCAAGGUCAGACCUCGAGUUCAAACCAGAAUUUCCUGGAUUUUGAGCGCUCAGUUAUCCUGCAUCUUCCAGAGAUCAAGCCUAAACAGGUGGCGCUGUGUGGAGCAUAUUUGGCCGUGCAGGCAGAGCUGGAGGUGCUGGUUCUGAAACUGGAUGCAUCCUCUGAACCAAACAUCCUUGAUGAAUCAUCGGACACACAGAAACAUCUGGCAGCAGAUCAUCUAGAGGACCAGGCAGACUUCAUGGUGCUUCCGAGACACCAGGAGCUGCUCGGCGAUCGAGCCAAAGACUGCGACAUCCCUGUCAGCAUUGAAAAGACCGGGCUUGAGGACAGAGGACAGUACACGCUGUCAUAUGUUCUCUUCAGGCGUUUUACUCCAGACUUCUUCCAGGGCUGCAGCGUUGAGGAGACUCAACUCCACUCCCUACAGCUUUACCCACUUUUCACCAGUAACCAGUCAGCGCCUCUGGAAGAACCUGCAUGUGUGUUCUGCUUUUUCUCUCUCCCCAACGCCGGCUACCUGUACAGUUUGAAGGGUGGUGUGGAGCUUCUCUCAGCCUAUCAGUAUCCAGAGAAGGUCCUGAAGGCAGUGCUAACAGACCACCUGCUGCAUGUCAUAACAAAGAGUGCAUUACAGUGUUUCACAGUGCGCUGUGCAGCAGUAGCAGCCAGGAUAGAAGACCCCUACAUCGAUACCACCAUGAAGGCCUGUCCACCCUGCAGCCUGGAGGUGUGUGCGCUCAGGAUGCAGUUGUUCAUUGGUCUGCGCUCGGUGUGUGUUUACGGCCGUCAUGUUAUCCUGCUCUCCACCGCUGACUCAGAGACACCAGAGGAGCCUGAACGCAUCACACAACGCAGAGGCCUCGAGUUGAAAGAACACACCUUGCUGACUGGUAUUUUCCUGGCGGUGGGAAUCGAUCCCGCAACCACACCAGCUCUGGAGAGCCUUCUAUCACGGCCCUUCCUGAGCAGAAGGUGGACAAUGUCUUCUCCCAAAGAAACCAGCUCAGCCGGACAAGGAUGGAACAUCUAUGUGGUCGACACUGUCUCCCCCCUCACUCUCUACCAAGAAAUGGUGGAAUACAGCCAGCGGUAUGCAGAGACCAACCCGCAGGCCCAAAGCCUUCGGCACCUCCUCAGUGAGGCUCACCUCCUUCUCCGCGCCUCCUUACUCCAAACACCUGAGCAGCAACCAAAAGUGGAGGGUGAGACAGAUACAGACAGACCAGCUGAGAAACAGACAGCUGUACAGACAGACAGGCAAGAGCUGGAGGAGGCACUCAGAGAGAACUGUGCACAGCUGGGAGACUGUUUCAGCAGGAGCAGUCAGAAGGACUGCCACCUGGCUCUGCCGUACUACAGGAUGUCUGGUCUGUCAGUCACAGAGAUCAUAACCAGGAAUCGCCCGCAUCCCAGCAGCCCUCACUCCUACGGCCCCGGCUUUCUGUUCUACCUGAAGCAUUUCCUGUUAGAAGAAACAGAGCAGAUCCUCAGUCAGGAAGCAGCUGAUGAGGUCAUAAACAUUUUCAGCCAAUCGGAGCCCUCACAGCUUGUCAGUGUGUGUGCCAGCCCGUCCAUGAUAAACAUCAGCCCUGCACAGACGCUGCAAAUCUUACAACAUCUGGAGGACUCUGCCGGCGUGUCAGUCCCUCUGACAGUCACCAUGGCAACCAUGAUGCUGUGCUUGGACGACCUGCCACAGUACACACAGCUGAUGGAAAGACAUGCAGAGAUGCUGCUGGUGUACGGGUUCAUUGAGGAGCCGAGGCUGUUGCUGCAUGGCGGAGGUGGAGGUCAGCAUGCACACAUCCGUCCCACAGCAUUGACACGCCAGUUGGCAAAGUCCCAACCAGGACUGCUGGUGGCCGCCAUGGUGGCUUUACAUGAAAACAACAAAGUUCAGCUGGAACAGGCUGAUCACAUAUUCAAGGAGCUGGGCUGUGGGAAUUGCUUACAGGUGGAUUUCUGGGAGGCGAUGCUCAUGGCUUCCUCACAGGACGCUGUCAUCCAGGAACUUCUGUUCCGUCUGGCGUCUGUCUACAUUGACCGACUGGCCAACACCAAAUCAGACACAUACUCCAACAAACCACACACACCCUCAAGACGCAAGUCGCUGAAGAGUGCUGACGAUCUGAUAAACUCAUGCUCUCAUUAUGGUGCUCUGUACCCAUGGCUCACUGUUCUCAAUCCAGCUCACACUACCAGCUCCCAACACCAGGAGGCGCUGUACAAACUGCAGUCCCUCCUGUGUGGUCCGUCCCUGUCUGUGGGCUCCGUCGUGCCCCUGAUGGAGCGUCUGUCAGAGGAAACCUUGUGGGGCUUCAGCCUGCACCUCCUCUGUGCAACCAGAGGGGGGCAGUACGACAGCAGCAUUGAAAAGCUGCUGGAUCGCUGUCCUCAGGCCAUCAUAGCCUACGCCAACCACCAGUUACAAGACAAACAUAUGGCGUUGUGGUGGCAGAAGCUGCUCCCAGAGCUGUGCAACAGGACGAGAGCUGCAACAGAUAACAGCAUUUUACUGGCUGCUCUCAAAGAGACGCUGGUUGUGGUUGCCAUGGAGACAAGCCCCACAGAGUUCCUGGAGCUGAUACCUGACGAUGGCACCGCCUCAUACUUUCUGCCACACCUGUUGACAUGUAGCCAGAGACACCUACUGGCCUGACACACACACACACACACACACACAUACACACACACACACACACACACACACACACACACACAUACAUACUUGAAUAGACAAAUGUGUCACUCCUUCAUCCAUACCCAUGACUAGAACAAUUGGAGUGUACUUUGAAUUGACCUGUUACACCUGAGCAGUUUGGGUUUCAGUGAUUUGCUCCAGAGACCCUCAACAGUGGUGUGUGAUCCACGUGACAACACUGAACACAUGACUCUGGCUCCCGUCAGCCUUCAUGCCGUGACCAGCACUUUGUUUGUCCUCAGACAAUCAUGUGCAGGUUUUUGAUUUGGUUUGUAGUGGAACAAAUUCCUGACCAACUUUUGAGUGUUAAGCACUAUGAUGGAAGAUGUAAUCAGUCACUCUUGUGUGUUUUUAGAUGACAGAG